AGAGAUGUACAAACCCAAACAAUUUCUAAAGAUGGGUGGGUGCAGACCCCUAUAGCUUCUACAAAUGGCUGGGCACAGGCCCCGAGAGUUUCUACAAAUGGCUGGGCACAGGCUCCUACAGCUUCUACAAAUGGCUGGGCACAUGCACCAUCAGCCCCUCGAGAUGGAUGGGAACAGGCCCCCGCAGUCCCUCGAGAUGGCUGGACACAGGCCAUUCUUGCAUCUCCUAUGGGUGGUUGGACUCCAAAUGCCAGCCCACAGCCGUCGCACGCGUCUGGUCCAACAGUAACUCCUGUACAUGUUUCGGCGCCCGCUGCUACUCCUCGGGUACACGAAAUCCAUGCAAACUCUGGUAAGCAGCAGAUUCGAAUCGAGGAAUACAGUCGGCCGGCACAAAUUAUUCGCGUGCACGAGGCUCCUCAGGGUCUUCCCGAGAUCGUUAAGGUGCAUGCUCCUGCUGAGAAAGCCGCGCUAAUCCGAGUUAUAUCGAAGAAUGCUGGACCUGCUCAUGUCGAGCGGGUUGUGCAUCGCGCACCUGGCCCUCAGAUUAUUAAUGUACAUAAACCUGCUCCUGCUCCAGCUCGCAUUGUGCAAGUCGUUCGUGGUCCAGCCCCAGCGCCUCAUGUGGAAUUUCACUAUGAGGACUCGCCUGCACAUGAGGUUCACGUUGCCUCAACCCCAGCUGAAGAGCCACUUCAGGCCCCUGUUCCUGUGCCAGCGUUUGUUCCUGCUCCGCAAACGAUUGCUUUGCCUGCUCCGGCUCUAGCAGAUUCAGGACCUGUUGAAGUGUCCUCGCACAUCAUACCUGCCCGUGCUAAGACCCAUGGGCCUCAUACUGUUCAGACUCGUUACGUUGAGCCGUCCCAUACCCACACACCGCCAUCAACUGCCACUGUGAAUGCGCACCCCACUGACUUCAGGAACUUACCACAUGGAUCGUCCUACAAGGCUCCUCGAGACCCUUUGCUGUCAUCACUAAAAUUUGGAUCUGCGCCUUCCAUCAACCAUGCACCUGUCCCUCAUCCCAAGCCCAUUGGAACUGUAUAUGACGCCGGAGAUCACAUCAAAAUUAUUAAAAAAUCUCACCAUUAACAUCAAUAUCGAUUACGAACCAAAGAUAAUGAAACGAUCGUUAAGCACAUGGAACGCAGGGUCGAAUCCUAAUUAUUCGGGGCAACACGGAGAGGGAAUUAGAAAUUUGCAACUGAUAUUUUGCACAUAGUAUAUAUCUUGUAAAAAUUAAAGAUUUCACUUUAUUAUUACGUAGGGCUCCAAGGAACAUUUCGUCGGUUUUUACGGAACUGUGCAAAUAAAUUGAUGGCAAAUUAAA